AAUCGUGCUACUUGUGAAGAUUAUGCUAUUGGAUAAUAAAACUGGUACUCUUGAGAUAGUUGACAUAAUGCCGGGGGCGGAGAUGAAGGUUGUGAGGGAGAGCCCGACGUUGACUAUUGUUAGGUUUAAGGCGGGGAGCGGGGAGCCGGCGCAUCACCAUAGUUUCGGGCACGACGUGAUGGUGAUGAAAGGGAGGAAGAGGGUUUGGAACCUGGGGAAGAAGGAGAGCUAUGAGUUGGGGGAGGGGGAUUAUUUGUAUACGCCGGCGGGGGAUGUGCAUAGGGUGAAGUAUUUCGAGGAUACGGAGUUCUUCAUAAGGUGGGAUGGGGAUUGGGAUAUAGUUUUGGAUGAGGAUUUGGAGACGGCGAGGUCCGAGGCUGACAGGGAGCUUGGACUUGGAGAGGGAGGGGGGAGCAAAUGAGGUAAAAUGUGUUCAGUGAUAGCUGGGCAUGC